AUGCUGAAUGCUGACAGGAGAGACUAUGAACGCAUCUGUUCUGAGUACGGUGUUACAGACUUAAAUGUGGUUCUCAAAAAGCUUGAAGAGAAGAAGAAAGACAGAAGGCAGAAUAAACAAAAGGACAAUGUAAUACCCUAUGAUGAUGAUGAUGAUGAUGAUGAUGAUGACAAUGCAACAGAGAAAUGCGGUAAUAAAAGUGUUGGGAGAACAAAGGAAAUCAACAUUAAUGGUCAACGGCAACAUGACUCGGCGGUGCAUCAGGGAGAUGUUGAGGAGGUUAACUUCCUAAACAGACAGCUGAAGGAAGCAGGUGUUGAAGACGACCUCCUACUUACAGAGUUUAAACUUUCCAAUGUGGACUUUGUUAUCAAAAUUCAAGAGAUUACAGUUCAAGAGAGAGACCAUGCUCUAUUUGAGUGCGUUUUGACGCAUCCACUCCCAAAGAUCACAUGGAUGAAAAAAGGUGUGGUCCUGGAAGAUGGAGAAAAGUAUGGUAUAACUGUAUCAGACCAAAAACUGAUUCACAGGCUCCUGAUUAAGGACUGCAAUAAGCUCGAUAAAGCCAUCUAUUCAGCCGUGGCUGGUAUUACAUCCUGCAGUGCCUGGCUGGUUGUGGAAGAUGAGAGUAACACUGGUGGUAAGAGGACACUCCGUAAAAUUACAUUGGCUGGUGGAAUAAAGGCUGACCUGGAAAAAGUGGCCAAAGAGCAGCAAAAGAAGAACCGGGAAGAAAUCGAGAAGAUUUUAGAAGCUGUAAAGGCCAAACACGCAGCAGGACAACUGAAAGAAGGAAUUGCAUUGACAUGUAAUGGUGAAGACUGGAAUGGGAUGGAUAAAACAGGAAAAACAAAAUGCAAUAUCUCAAAAGAAGAUGGCAAAGCUCUGAAAGUAGAAAAUUCAGGAUGUGUAGAAGAAGUAAGAGAGCAGCUGAAAGCAGGUGACCCCAUAAGUACAAAAUACACCAAAGGUCGAGCGGGUUUCCACACAGUAGCAGAUUUAAAUGCAGAAAAACCCCUCAAGGAAAAGAGAAACCCCACUGGAACUGUGACCGACUCAAGAUACUUAAAGCAAUGUGAAGAAAUGGAGAAUGGAGAAAUUGAGUCCAGUGAUGAAUGUGUUGCAGGAAACCAGCUUCAAAUGUUAACUGAGAGUCAACUUGAAAUGAUCGAAUCCAGCGGAAAUAAAAACCAAAGAGAUUCUGUCAGAAACCAAAGGAGAACAAAGAAGGUCCAAUGGAAAGAAGAUGAAUCUGAUCUGACUAAACAAGCAACGGACAAUGAUGAGAAUGAGGACACUGCUGGCCAGACAACAUAUGGAGGAAUUUCUAAGAAAAGCAAAAAGCCAAAGAGUGCCGCAGCAAAUGUUGUUUUCCUCACAGAUCCGAAUGAACAAGCAAGUGACAAUGAAACAAGUGACAACAAUGGAAAUCAGGCCUCUGCUGGCCAGGCAAAGCAUCAAAGAGGCUCCAAGAAAAGCAAAAAGCCAAAGAAUGCUGUAGCCAAUGAUUCAAAUGAACAAGUAAGUGAUAAUGAACCAAGUGACAACGAAGAGGAGGACUCUGCUGGCCAAACAACGCAUCAAGGAAGAUUUAAGAAGAGUAAAAAGUCAAAAAAUGCUGCAGCCAAUGAUUCAAAUGAAGCAAGUGACGAAGAACCAAGCGACAAUGAGGACGAGGACUCUGCAGGCCUGAUGAGAAUUCAAGGACAAUCUAAGCAAAGCAAAAAGCUAAAGGAUGCUGCAGCCAUUGACGAAAGUACAUUUUCUGAGGAUCACUGUGGGUGUAAAGAGACUGAAGAAGUUGGUGACUCUUCCUCACAUGCGAGACGUAAAAGACAAGGCCCACUCAUAGAGGAGUUAGUGAUCGAUCCAGGUGUUCACAUCAUCUGGGGUUUGUCUGAUGUCAAUGCUAUCAUCAGAGAGGCUGCUGAGUUAAGAUGCAAGCUCAGUAGUGAAGCCUGUGAGGGAGCCUGGUUCAGAGAUGGCAAAAAGAUAUCCCCAGAUAACAAUUUCUCCAUCACUAAAGAUGGAGCAAUCCAUAAAUUAGCCAUAAUCAAGUGUGAAGAAGAGCACAGUGGGAAAUAUCGUUUUGAAGCAGAUGGUCGUAAAACAGAGGCGAUGCUCAACGUCAAAGAUCCCCCCAGAUUCAACACUGAAGACCUCAGUGCUUUCACUGAGCCUUUGACAGUUAAAAUGGGUCACAACGCUGUCUUCAAACUGCAAUUUGUUGGUCACAAACCCAUAAAGAUUCAGUGGUACAGAGAAGGAGAAGAGCUUCAAGAGGACAACAAUACAAAGAUGGAGAAAUCUGAGAGUCACAGUCGUUUGCUCCUAAUCAGAUGCCAGAGGAAGGACACAGGAGAGAUCAAGAUCAAGCUCAAGAAUGAACAUGGCUUCACUGAGGCAAUCUCACAGCUUAUUGUGCUCGACAAACCAACUUCACCUCUGGGUCCUGCAGAGGUAACCGAGAGCUCAGCUACAUGUGUUGAAUUUAAGUGGAGGCCUCCAAAGGAUGAUGGUGGUUCGCCAGUUAUUGGCUACAUUUUGGAGCGUCAGCAGGUGGGACGAAACACCUGGAAGAAAAUAGGGGAAGUACCAGGUGUGCCCAGCUACCGUGACACUGAUGUGGACCGUGGACGUAAAUACUGUUACCGAAUCAGAGCGGUGACUUCAGAGGGUACAAGUGAAGUGAUGGAAACUGAUGAAAUGCAAGCUGGCACAUUUGCUUUACCUGGCCCUCCUGCUCCUCCAAAGGUGAUCAGUGCUUUUAAUGACUGCAUAAACCUGACAUGGGCUUCACCGAGUAACACUGGAGGCUCUCGUAUCCUGGGCUAUAUUUUGGAGAAACGUAAGAAGGGGAGUAAUCUCUGGACUGUGGUCAAUGCAGAUGAUAUAAUAAAAGAAAAGAAAUAUGGAGUGAAGGAUGUUGUGGAAGGUAUGGAAUAUGAAUUCAGAGUUUCUGCCAUAAACCUCUCUGGAGCCGGUGAAUUUAGCAAUGCCUCAGAGUUUGUGUUUGCGCGGGAUCCAAAGAAGCCUCCUGGUAAAGUUACAGGCCUGAAGGUGGCUGAAACGUCCUACACUAAUAUGGUCCUGACUUGGACCAAACCUGAGGAGAAACCAAGCGAACAGGAUGAAGCUAAAGGAUAUUUUGUUGAGAUUCGGCAGGCAGACUGCAUUGAAUGGUCCCGAUGUAACAGUACUCCCAUCAUCAUGACUUCCUUCAAUGUGAAAGGCCUUAAAUCAAUGGAUAUGUACUGGGUGAGAGUUAUUGCUACUAAUGAUGGAGGAGAGAGUGCCCCUGAAGAGCUGCCUAACUAUGUCCUUGCAAUGCCCUCACCUGUCAGGCCAAAGUUCACAAACAAGAAGAUGAAGAGCUUCAUGGUGGUGAAGGCAGGAAACUCUGUCAGGAUCACAGUAAGCUUUGAGGCCUCCCCGUGGCCAGACAUAAUGUGGCUGAAGGACAACGUGCCAGUGACAAAGCAUGUUACAGUCAGUAACUCUGAUGGCUCUUCCCAGCUGCUGAUUCCCAGCUCUGAGCGCUCUGAUUCUGGUAUCUACUCCAUUUUAGUAAAAAAUCUUGUUGGACAAGAAACACUCAGCACAGAGGUCAGGGUUACAGAUGACCCAAAGCCUCCUGGACCAGUGCAGCUGGAAGAAAACGUUCCUGGCACAGUAACUGUGAUCUGGGAACCUUCUCCUGAUGAGAAGCGCGAUGACCGUCUCCACUACACAGUAUCCAAACUGGACUCAUACAAACACACAUGGACCCCAGUGGCUGACAGGCUCUUCAAUAACAGGUUUACGGUUUGCAACAUAAUCCACGGGAGGGAAUAUCAUUUUCGUGUGUAUGCCAAAAACGACAUGGGCAUAUCAGAACCCUCAGAGUCAUCAACAUGGGGGAUGGAGAAAAAGAAAGAAAAAUUUGUGGCAUCUGAACCAUCAAAUAAAGUCUGUGAUUUGCAGUGUGCUCCAUCUUUUAUUGUACCUCUGAAGCUUCACACCGCAAUCAAAGGAUAUGAAUGCUACAUGAGCUGCGCAGUGAAGGGAAACCCCACACCUCGAAUCACAUGGUAUCGAAAUCACGUCAGUCUAAACACUGAUACUAACUAUUACAUCUCCAACACUUUUGGAGUUUGCUCCAUGUUAAUCCUCCGUGUGGGUCCUAAAGACGUAGGAGAGUUCACCGUCAUCGCAGAGAACAGCUUGGGGCGAGCAGAAUGCUCCACAGUGCUCAGUGUCAGAGAUUAA